AUGGGGACUGCAUCGUCUAUGUUAACUCAAUAUGAUAUCGAGGAAGUUCAACAACAUUGCGACCAUUUAUUUUCGCAGCAGGAAAUAGUGUGUUUGUACGAACGGUUUUGUCAACUUGAUCGAAAUGCUAAGGGCUUUAUUUCAUCUGAUGAGUUUUUAUCCAUUCCUGAGUUUGUUAUGAAUCCAAUUUCUCAGAGGUUACUCAAGAUGGUUGAUGGAUUGAAUUUUAAAGACUUUGUGGCCUUUUUGUCUGCAUUUAGUACCAAAGCUAGUGCAUACCAAAAAAUAGAACUUAUUUUCAGAGUAUAUGAUUCUGAUCAUAAUGGAAAAGUGUCAUUCAAAGACAUAUUAGAAGUUCUAAAAGAUUUGUCCGGUUCAUUCAUGUCUGAUGAGCAAAGAGAGGAAGUUCUGAGCCAAGUUCUGAAAGAAGCAGGAUACUCAAAAGACUGCUACUUAACAUUGGAUGACUUCAUUAAGGUUCUUGGUCAAUCUGGCAUAAAAAUGGAUGUUGAAGUCCCGGUUGAUUAA